AUGGAGGAUAAGGAGGUUCAACCAGCUACUACAGCCACGACAUCCGCGAGGGUUGAGGUCAAGCAGCCGAGGUUCAAGUUCCCGGAUUGGAUGGUUUGGUACAAGAAGCCCGAAUACAGAGACUUUCGAGAGUAUGCCACCGCCAUUCGGACUGGGAGAAGGCCCAUGAGCAGGGAUGGACGAGACAAGAGUCCCAUUCCUGCAAGGCUGAGCUUGGAGAAGGUUCUUGCCAACGAAACCUGCUCACCGAUGUCUUUAUAUGACUUCUACAUGUACCUCAAGUACAUCGAGUUUUCCCCCGAGAACCUCGAGUUCUUCGUUUGGUUCCGAAACUACCAAUCUGCUUUUGCCAAGACCGGAAGCCUCAACAACUUCCCCUUGGGGGAGAAGGAGACCGACAUGCUAUCGUCAAGCGACAGUGGUUCCGAAGCAGCGCGAGACUCCAUUGGCCACAAGCUGCCUUCAAUCAAGUUGUCGGAGUUUGAAUGCGAUCCUGAAGCAGCCAACGAGACUAUGUCCAACAUUGUCCAUCUCAUCGCCCCGGAGGCAGCAUGCCGCCCGAACAGCAAGAUCGGGCCAAAUGGCCGCGAUCGUAUCAAGUCCUGGGCCAACGCAUGCGCCAAGCCAAUCUGUUCGAAUACCGUUGCCAAUGUCGUCCCCUCUCGCAUCGCUCCCAACUCGGCCUACCGCGUUGAACUCAAUGCCGUCGUCAAGACCUUUCUUAUCCCCAACGCCGAGAAGGAGCUCAACAUCCCGCCUGCCAUCCGCGACCAGGCCCUCCUUGAUCUUCAGCAUUCCUCCGAUCCGGCUCAUCUCCAACCUAUCGCCGACCACGUAUAUGGCCUCCUGAAGAACUGCUCGCAUCGCAACUUUGUUCGGCUUGGUGUCUCCAACGGAACUUUCGAGACCCUGUGCAUGGCAACCAGCAUGGGGAUCGUUCUCACUGUCGCCGGCUUCCUAUGCGUACUCCUCAGGGCAUUCGUCCCUUACAUGGGCGCCCACAGCCGCUACAAUGCCUUCGCCCCCUGGCCAAUGUGGUUCGUUGGCAUGUCCCUCAUUCUCUCGGGUCUCAGGGGUAGUUGCUUCUUCCUCUUGCUCUUCACACGACGACAACCCCUUCCGUGGGAGCGCUUUGACGAUAGCGCAUCUCUCCUCUCUCAGAAGUCCGGUUUCAUGAAGUUCAUUUCGCGGAUGAUGAUCUUUGAUCGCAAGAUCCGAGUUAGAGACGUCCACCUCCGGAGGCUCCAGCACAAGAUUGUGCUCCAGGCCAUGGUAGGCGGCGCAGUAUUCUCUUGUCUGUGCAGCCUGUUGUUUGUGCUGCUUCCCGUGUGGUCGCAGACAUCGUUGUCGCAGGUCUAG